GUCCCGGGGACAGGGCACCGGUCUCCGGUGAGCGGUGCAGCCAGCUUGCACCAGCCCCGCGAAUUCUCGCGGCCUCUGGGAGCAUGCGCACGCUGCGCUAGAAGGAAGCAAUCAAGGUGGCAUUCGAGCGGAGUGCUGACAGAUCACGGGCUUUGGGCGCGAUGGGACCUGGAGAGGAGGGACCUGGAGAGGAGCGACCUGUGGAGGGCGUAGCCUCUGAGUUGGACCUGCUGAAGCUGCGCGCUGCGGAGCGCAUCGACGAGGCUGCCGGCCGCCUAGGGGCCCUGAGCCACGCCAUCUGGAGCGAGCCCGAGCUGGCCUAUGCGGAGCACCAUGCCCACGGCGUGCUAACGCGCUUCUUCCAGUGCGAGCCACCGGCCGCCUCUUGGAUGGUGCAGCCGCACUACCACCUGGCCACGGCCUUCCGCGCCGAGUGGGAGACACCGGGGGUUCAGGUGUCACAGAGCCCUCUGCACCUGGGCUUCCUGUGCGAGUACGACGCGCUGCCGGGCAUUGGGCACGCGUGCGGACACAACCUAAUCGCUGAGGUCGGGGCAGCGGCGGCGCUGGGCUUGAAAGGGGCUCUGGAGGGCCUCCCCGGGCCGCCUCUGCCGGUAAAGGUAACUGUCCUGGGAACCCCUGCAGAAGAAGAUGGUGGUGGCAAGAUUGACUUAAUUGAAGCAGGGGCUUUUAAAAAUCUUGAUGUUGUUUUCAUGGCGCAUCCAUCCCAAGAAAAUGCUGCCUAUCUGCCUGAUGUGGCUGAACACGAUGUCACUGUGAAAUACCAUGGAAAAGCGUCUCAUGCUGCUGCUUACCCCUGGGAGGGAGUCAACGCGGUCGAUGCUGCUGUUCUCGCAUACAACAACCUGUCUGUGUUGAGACAGCAAAUGAAACCAACCUGGAGAGCCCAUGGCAUAAUAAAAAAUGGUGGUGUAAAACCCAAUAUCAUUCCCUGUUAUUCUGAAUUAAUCUAUUACUUCCGUGCACCCUCAAUGAAAGAACUUCCAGUUUUGACCAAAAAGGCAGAAGAUUGCUUCAGAGCUGCAGCUUUGGCUACUGGAUGCACAGUAGAAAUUAAAGGUGGAGCACAUGAUUAUUACAAUGUCCUUCCCAAUAAAAGCCUAAGGAAAGCUUAUGUUGAAAAUGGGGAAAAGCUGGGAAUAGAAUUCAUUUCAGAAGAUGAUGCUGUUUUGAAUAGCUCUUCAGGAUCUACUGAUUUUGGAAAUGUUAGUUUCGUGGUUCCUGGGAUUCAUCCAUAUUUUUACAUUGGAUCUGAUGCCUUGAAUCAUACAGAACAAUAUACUGAAGCUGCAGGGUCUCCAGAAGCUCAGUUCUACACGCUGCGCACAGCCAAAGCUCUCGCCAUGACUGCGCUGGAUGUUGUUUUUAAACCAGAGUUGCUAGAAGGAAUCAGAGAGGACUUUAAACUGAAACUCCAAGAAGAAGAGUUUUUAAAUAGAGUAGAAUAAAAGGAAGAUUGAGGAGCCACUUAUGGAUCCUUAAGAAAUGGUAAUGAUUUCUUUUCCCGUAAUCCUUUUUGAUGAAUGAGGAGGGCAUGCUUAUUUUUCAGUCUUUAAAGAGUCAAAUUGCUCUUAGCUGAAAAGUGAGGCCAUAGUGUGGAGAAAAUACAUGAACUUAUAACUAAAAUUAAAAUGUUCAAAAAUGUAUAUUUGAUGUAAUUGUGAUCUUUCAGAAGCUGGUAUAUGGUACCAUUUCUUAAACGAGCUGGAUAAUACAUGGUAUAUCAGUGAUAAUAGUUUAUGAAUUCAUAUGUUGUGUAACUAUAUUUCAAAAGAUCCUAGAGAUUUCAGCCCUAAUAUUCAGAACUGAUGGAAGAUUUUUCUCUGGUAUGGGGUGGUAAAAGUGUUUUAUGAAGUAGUUUUAAAGUUCAAGUUCUGAAUUUAGGGGAAGUUGAUUUUGAUGUCUGACUAUGUUUGUUUUGAUUUAAAGAAUCUUUUCAUUGAUGAUGAAAGUAGGAUUUUAAUCAGAAAUGCUGUGGGAAACAACCAGAGACUCAGGAACAAAGAAUAAGCUUUAAUUUUACCAUUUGAAGGGAGAAUAAAAUGUUCAUCUUUUUAUAUAAUUAACCCUGGGAUGUGGCAUUAAAAUGUUAUUCCUAAUUCCAUAUGACUGCAAUAGGAAAAAUUAUAGAUGCAUAAUACUGGACUUCUCUUAUAAGGUGUUUGCUUGGUAGCCUUCUAAGAGGACUUAAUGUGAGAGGAACAAUGUUUACUUAUCUUGAAUGUGAAUGACAUAUCGCCACGCAGGUUUCUAUUCAAAAAGCCAGCCUGUGCAGCCUGGCUGGACAAUAUUAUAGUUUACUGAGUUUGGUGGAUAGAAUUCUAAGCUUCCUUAAGCCCUAUGCUGGGCCCAAUCUUAAUUUUAAAAUAUUAUAAGGGGUUUUUUUUUGGUUCUUAUUUUAGUAUGAAUUUCUUGAACAUGAUAAAAGAAUGUGAAAAAAAAUAUCUGGUAAAGCAAAUAUUUUGACCUGUGAAUAGAGUAAAGCUUCAGAAUGCUUUAUUUUAAAGGGAGUCCUCAAAUUUGAGGGUAAAUAUUUAAAAAUGGAAGACAAAGGAGAGAAAAGUGAUCAUUUGGCCUCUGCUGUAAGCAAGUCACUCAGGCCCCUCUGAGCCUUCAGCACUCCGCUAGGGAAGUUAAAGUAAAUCACUUACACUUAUAAUCUUUUGCACCUCUAAUAGUUUGGGGGAGUGUUGCUUCUUGGAAAUUGUUUAUCUUGUAUAUCAUGGUUCUGCAAACUACAAUCUAGUUUCACAAGCAGCCUGAUUUUAUAUGGCGAGUGUGCUAAAAACGAUUUUUACAUUUUUACAUGGGUUGGUCGUGGGGAGUAGGGAAGGAACAGAGACCAGAUGAUGUGACCUCAAAACCUAAAAAUAUUUCCAAUCUGGUCCAUUACAAAAAAAAUAUCUGCCAGCUCCUAUCCUGUAUAACAGUAAAACAAAACCUGUUUCUCUUUGAUUUACCUCAUAUAACCAGAUGUCCUCCUAGGGUAAAACUUCAAGCCUCUGAAUGGGAAACACUGGGAAAAGGGAUGUAGAUGGCAGUGCCCCAACUUGACCAUGACAGUGCAGCAGUUUGUCCUUCUGGGCAUUUUCAGAAGUUUGCUUUCUUUUCACCCUUACUUCAGGGAUACCCUGACUUUGCCCUAGUAAGCCAGUCUAAUAACUUUUCAUCUCAACUUUUAGAAAUUGAUCCUGUAUGCCACCCUUUGUCUGAUUAUUUAUAAUCUCAGAAAGUCAUGGUUAGUACAUAUUUUACAUAUAGGGGAGGGAUCAACAAAGGCCUCGGGCUGAAAACUGGAAUGUCUGAGACCUCUGGUUUCCUAAUGGUCAAUUUUAUAAAUUUCUCAACUGGAAGUUUUAAAUUCCUCCACUCAGGAAUGUGUUUUUAUUUUCUAAAGCCUUGAUAACAUUGUAGAACAGUGACUAUUAACUGGUAUCCGAACAUACUAAUACUCUCCAAUCUUUUGUGAAGUUAAUUGUUACUCAUACAAAGUAUUCAUAUUUUUCUUGUGAGUAAAUUACUUUUUAAAACAAAUUAGAAAAAAUUCAAGAUUAGCAUUCUAGAGACUUCAGGUCAAGAUGGAGGCAUAUGUAAACACGGACCACCUCCUCACACAACCACAGCAAAAAUCACAACCAGAUACAAAACAGCCAUCAUCCAGAAUCAUCAGAAAAUCGAACUGUGUGGAAGUCCAACAACUAAGGAAUUUUAAAAAAUCACAUUCAUCCAGACAGAUAGGAGGGAUGGAGACACAAAAUGGGUGGUCCCAUACCCAUGUGUGGUAGAUAAAAAUCUGGAAGGACACUUCAGGAGUGAGGGAUCCCAUCCCCUCACCAGACCACCUAGCCUAGGAUUCCAGUGACAGGAAGAUAAGUCCCCAUGGCUUCUGGCUAUAAAAACCAAUGGGGUUUAGGGUGGCAGAAGAAACUGCAGGAUUCUCAGGCAUCUCCUCUAAAAGGGACCACAGUGGACUUAGGGCCCACACACUCAUUCCAUCUGGGCUCCGGCACUGGGGCAAUAGCUUGAAAAGCACCAGUGGCAUAAAGAGAGAAACUAAAGUCUGGCAUCAGGGCAAGUGUGAGGGAACAGCUUCCUCCUAGACAAAACUCCAGAGGCCAGGCAACCGCAUUGUCCCCUUUCUGAGCCCUCCCCCACACAGAGACACAGAGUGCCACACUAUAUCUGAGAUUCCAUCAUCCUGGUUCACACAGGUUGCCCUGCCCUGGUAAUUACCUAAGGCUCUGUCCCAUCCAAUUUACAGGUGCACUUUUCAACAAUAGGUUAUACUACUAAGACAGGGAGUCAUAGCCACUUUACCUGAUACAUAGAAACAAACACAGGGAGGCUGUCAAAAUGACAAAGCAAGGAAAUAAGGUCCAAGUGAAAGAACAGAAUAAAACUCCAGAAAAAAAAACUAAACAAAAUGGAGAUAAGCAAUAUAUCAGAUGCAGAGUUCAAAACACUGGUUAUUAGGAUGCUCAAGGAAUUCAUUGGGUACAUCAAUACCAUAAAAAAGACCCAGGCAGAAAUGAAGGUUAAAUUUUAGUGAAAUAAGGAAAAAUUCACAGGCAAUCAACAGUGGAGUGGAUGAAGCCAAGAAUCAACUCAGUGAUUUGAAACAUAAAGGAAGAAAAAAACAUUCAAUCAGAGCAGCAAGAAGAAAAAAGAAUACAAAAAAAAUGAGGGUAGGCUAAGGAGCCUCUGGGACAACAUUAAAAUGUACCAACAUUCAAAUCAUAGGGGUGGUAGAGGUGUGGAAGGAGGAGAGAGAGAGCAAGAAAUCAAAAAUUUAUCUGAGAAUAUAAUGGAAGAAAACUUCCCUAAUUUAGUGAAGGAAAUAGACAUACAAAUCCAGGAAGCACAGAGAGUCCCAAACAAGAUGGACACAAAGAGGACCACACCAAAACACAUCAUAUUAAAUUGCCAAAGGCUAAAGAUAGAGAAUCUUAAAAGCAGCAAAAGAAAAGCAGAUAGUUACCUACAAAGAAGCUCCAAUAAGACUGUCAGCUGAUUUCGCAAAAGAAACUGCAAGCUCGAAGGGACUGGUGAGAAGUAUUCAAAGUGAUGAAAAGCAAUGACCUACAACUUACAUUACUCUCUCCAGCAAAGCUAUCAUCUAGAAUCAAAGGGCAGAUAAAGUGUUUCCCAGACAAAGUAAUGCUAAAGGAGUUCAUCAUCACCAAUCCAUUAUUAUAUGAAAUAUUCAAGGGAUUUAUUUAAGAAAAAGCAGAUCAAAAUUAUGAACACUAAAAUGGCGAUCAAUUCACAACUAUCAACAGUCGAAUGUAUAAAAGAAACUGAUCAUUGCUUCUUGGCCUUUUGGCUAAGAUCAAGUGUAGAAACUGAGCAAACAAGCAGAACUGAAACAGAAUCAUAAAUAUGGAGAUCAUUUGGAGGGUUAUCAGUUAGGAGAGGGAAGGAGGAAAAUGGGGAGAAAUGUUCAGGGAUUAAGAAAUACAAAUUGGUAGGUCCAGAAUAGGGGGAUGUUAAGAACAGUAUAGGAAAUGGCCCUGGCUGGCAUAGCUCAGUGGAUUGAGCGCGGGCCUGCGAACCAGAGUAUCGAGGUUCGGUUCCCAGUCAGGGCAUAUGCCUGGGUUGCAGGCCAGUUCCCAGCAGGGGAUGCAUGAGAGUCAACCGUACAUUGAUGUUUCUCUCCCACUCUUUCUCCUUCCCUUCCCUUCUCACAAUAAAUAAAUAAAAUCUUUAAAAAAAAAAAAAA